AAAAUUGUCGCUCUGUUCCCUCUUUCCUGCGCCUCAUCGCUCCGUCGCGGUCAUCCUCCGCCGAUUCCCUUUGCCCUCCACCGGCGCCGUCGCCAGAAGCGAUGUGCCCGCCACGCCCACCGCCGGCCUUCCUUCUGCCACAUAUGUACGGCUGUAAGCCGAGUGAAGCCCCAUUAAUCCCUCGGGUUGGUGCGCCACCCGCCCCUACGCCGUCGGCGUCGGGCCGCCACCGUCGCCGCGAGCCACCCCGCCGGAGCUCCACCUGACGGUAACCCAUUUCUUAGCAUUAUCCCCUUUCCUCUUCUUGAGUAAGACUACUACUUUUACAGUUUCACGGUGGCUGAUGCAGACAUUACAGCGAAAAACUUAUCCUGCUAGAUAUUUUCCUGAUGUGAAAUUCCCCACGGAGACCAGACCAGCAGCCAAUGCUGAAUAACCACCUUGUAUUAUUGUGUGGUCCGAGAAUCACCACCGUUCCGGGCAAGCUGGACAUUCAACUCCUGCAAAUUAAUGUGAUGAAUGAUGAGCUAAUAUUCAACAAAAACCAGACACAAGUCAGAGCACGUUUUUUUCCUCUUAGUGCGUCGUGGCGUUAGAUCGUCCAAGGAUCCAAGCAAACGUUACCUUUAUGCCAUUCUCCUCCUCCUUCCUUGGCUCCCUCCUUUGAUCUUCACAGGAGAGUCAUAUGUGACAGAAUCCUGAAUAGGUAUGGCCGCCCUCCAUGUUGUCAUCCUCCUGUCAUUGAUUUGUAUCUGCAGAUCUGAUGACCGCCUGACUCCUGCAAAGCCGCUCUCCGCCGGCGACAAGCUCGUCUCGAGCAACGGUGUCUUUGCUCUUGGCUUCUUCUCCCCCACAAACUCGACUGUGGGCUCAUACGUCGGCAUAUGGUACAACAACAUCCCCAAGCGUACUUAUGUGUGGGUUGCUAACCGCGACAAGCCGAUCACCAACGCUUCUUCCGGGAAGCUGGUUGUGACCAACAACUCUGAUCUUGUGUUGUCUGACUCCCAAGGCCGCACUCUUUGGACAACCAUGAACAACUUCACAACCGGAGCCACGGGAACUUCUGCUGUACUUCUCGACUCCGGAAACUUUGUCAUCCGGUUGCCCAACAGCACAGACAUAUGGCAAAGCUUCCAUUACCCAACCGACACCAUCCUCCCCGGCAUGCAAUUACCACUGAGCACAGAUGAUGAUCUCUACACUCGCCUCGUGGCUUGGAGGGGCCCUGAUGACCCAGCCACUAGCGACUACUCCAUGGGCGGUGACUCUAGUUCAGACCUCCAGGUUGUCAUCUGGAAUGGGACGAGGCCGUAUUGGCGCAGAGCUGCAUGGGAUGGUGCGUUGGUCACUGCCCUGUAUCAAAGCAGCACUGGCUUCAUCAUGACCCAAACAACUGUCGACAUGGGGGGUAAGUUCUACUUGACAUUCACCGUCUCCGACGGCUCGCCAAGCACGCGCCUGAUUCUGCACUACACGGGCAUGUUUCAGUUUUUAGCGUGGAACAGCACCUCAUCGUCAUGGAAUGUUUUCAUAGAGCGGCCUAAUCCUAGUUGUGACCGCUACGCCUAUUGUGGACCAUUUGGUUACUGUGAUGCCACUGAAACAGUUCCGAAAUGCAACUGCCUCAGUGGGUUUGAGCCUGAUGGUGUAAACUUCUCCCAAGGGUGUCGGAGAAAGGAGGAGCUGACAUGUGGUGGUGGAGAUAGUUUCUCAACCUUGAGUGGCAUGAAGACACCCGAUAAGUUUGUGUAUGUCAGGAACAGAAGCUUUGACCAAUGCGAAUCAGAGUGCAGAAACAAUUGCGCUUGCACCGCAUAUGCUUUUUCUAACAUGAAAAAUGGCAGCACGUCUAGUGACCAGGCAAGGUGCUUGAUUUGGUUGGGGGAGCUUGUCGACACAGGAAAGUUUCGUGAUGGAAGUGGCGAGAACCUGUACCUUCGUCUAGCCAGUUCAACAGUUGACAGAGAGAGUAAUGUGUUGAGGAUUGCACUCCCAGUAAUUGCUAGUAUUCUGAUACUCGCAUGCAUCAGCCUUGCGUGGAUAUGCAAGUCAAGAGGAAAACUUCGAAUCAAGGAAACUAAGAACAAAUAUACAGGACAACUGUCAAAAAAUUCCAAAUCUAAUGAACUUGAGAAUGAAACUAUAGAACUUCCAUAUAUUUGUUUUGAAGAUGUUGUUACUGCAACAGACAAUUUCUCAGACUACAACAUGCUCGGGAAAGGUGGGUUUGGAAAAGUUUACAAGGGCCGGUUAGAAGGUGGCAAUGAAGUUGCUGUCAAAAGGCUUAGUAAGAGUUCUGGGCAAGGGGCCGACGAGUUCAGAAAUGAAGUGGUUCUGAUUGCCAAAUUGCAGCAUAGAAAUUUAGUUAGGCUUCUUGGUUACUGCACUCAUGAAGAUGAGAAGUUAUUGCUAUAUGAAUACUUACCUAACAAAAGCUUAGACACCUUCCUUUUUGAUGCCACAAGAGAUAGUGUGCUUGAUUGGCCGACCAGGUUCAAGGUAAUUAAAGGAAUAGCAAGAGGGCUUCUUUAUCUCCACCAAGAUUCAAGGUUAACAAUAAUCCAUAGAGAUCUCAAAGCAAGCAAUGUCUUGUUAGAUGCGGAAAUGAACCCUAAAAUAUCGGAUUUUGGUAUGGCAAGGAUCUUUGGUGGAAAUGAACAACAAGCGAACACUAUCUGUGUUGUUGGGACAUACGGUUACAUGUCACCUGAAUAUGCAAUGGAAGGUUCCUUUUCAGUCAAGUCUGACACGUACAGCUUUGGUGUUCUACUGUUGGAGAUUGUAAGCGGGUUAAAGAUCAGUUCAUCCAAUCUCAUAAUGGAUUUUCCAAGCCUUAUAGCUUAUGCAUGGAGCUUAUGGAAAGAUGGAAAUGCAAGAAAAUUGGUGGACUCGUCCAUUGUGGAGAACUGUCCACUUCAUGGAGUUCUGCGGUGUAUUCAGUUAGGUCUGUUGUGUGUUCAAGAUGAUCCAGAUGCUCGUCCACUCAUGUCAUCCACUGUGUUCAUGUUAGAAAAUGAAACAGCCCCACUUCCUACUUCGAAGGAGCCUGUAUAUUUUAGGAAACGGAAAUGGUUUCCAUAUUUUGUGAACUUCACUGGUUUAUCAUUUGUUUUCACCUUGUCAAGUGGAAGAGGCUAUGGAAAACUGUUGGAAGUUCAGGUCCAGCCUCGACGGAAAAGUCAGAAAAGUGGGGCUUCUUUGGAUCUAUCAGUAUCUAUCAGAAAGUUAGAAAGGAAAAAUGAGAGCUGCGGCCGUGGCUGUGGAUGGCCCUUGCUAUCUCAGGAAGAGGGGGUGAAGCGGCAGUGGUUCCAGCCUUCCAGGCAGCCCUCACAAAGAUCAAGAGCAACGGAUGCUGCUGGCCACUGCUUUGGCUUUCUUCGCAGGUACCUCAGACCACGGAAUAUGGCGCUAGCUGCAUGGCAUGGAUUAUUUGUUUUUGGUGUCUGGAUCUGUGUGAAGGAGAUUGGCAGGAUUGUGCCGUCAGAGAUUGACUGGGUUGAAGCUGGCGCCGUCUCCCCGAUUGUGAGGGAACAAAAGAAUUGUGAGGCUCUAGAGAAAGCGGUAGCAAAACAGCCCGUGGUUGUCAGUAUACAGAGUCCCGAUGAUCUGCAGAAAUACAAAGGAGGCAUCCUGGAUUAUGAACCUAACGAAGACUACACUGGCAGCAACCAUGUUGUCUUGAUUGUUGGUUAUGGCACAUAUUCCGAUGGUGUCAAGUACUGGCGCUUCAAGAACUCGUGGGGAGAAGACUGGGGUGAGGGUGGGUUUGGGAGGAUCCGCAGGCACAUUGCCGACAAGCGAGUCAUUGUUGGACUUCUUCCUACUGAAAUUUUAUCAGUUCUUGAUAUCUAA